AUGUCAACAAAACAUUUACCAUUAUUCCUGGAAGGUGAAGUAGCUAAAGGUUUCGGAAGAGGAUCUAAGGAUCUCGGAUGUCCUACAGCAAAUUACCCUCUAGAAGUGGUGCAGUCUUUGCCCAAAGAUCUCGAGCCGGGAGUAUACUAUGGAUGGGCACAGGUAGACAAAGGUGAUACAUAUAAAAUGGUGGCAAACAUUGGCUGGUGCCCCUAUUACCAAAACAAAGAAAUGUCUGUGGAAACCCAUAUUAUGCAUAAAUUCGAUAAAGACUUCUAUGGAUCACAAUUGAAAAUAGCUCUAGUGGGAUAUCUAAGAGGAGAAAAGAAUUUCAACUCUUUAGAUGAUCUUAUAAAUGAAAUCAAGCAAGAUAUUUCGAAUGCAGAAAAAUUUUUGGAACAACCUGACGCACAAAAUAUCAAGAAUAAUAAAUAUUUUGAAGAUUGA